CUGGGGGUGUGGCCUGUGGAGGAGGCCACUCAAGUUCGGGCGUGGUGGCCGCAGCUUGCUCCCAGCACUGGCGAGGAAUGGAGGGAGGCAGCGUGGAAAGCGGGGGCCAGGGAGACGGGGGAGCCUAUGGGGCGGCCAAGGCGGGCAGCCCCUUCAACCUGUGGCGCUUCCUGCAGCAGCCCCAAGUCCUCGCCCGACUCCUCAGCGCCCUCUUUGCACUGAUAGUUUUUUCCUGUAUCAUUGGUGAAGGCUACACCAACAUUCAUAGUGAAGGUGAACUCCACUGCAUCUUUAACCACAAUGAGCACGCUUGUCGUUAUGGGAUUGGCAUCGGCGUGGUUGCCUUUCUGGCUUGUGUGUUCUUCUUCAUGGUGGAUAUCUACUUUCCACAGAUUAGCAAUGUCACGGAUCGCAAGUACCUCGUAAUGGCUGAUUUGGGCUUCUCAGCCCUUUGGACGUUUCUGUGGUUUAUUGGGUUCUGUGUGCUGACAAACCAGUGGGCAUCUACACUGUCUACAGAUGUAUUCAUUGGUGCUGAUUCUGCUCGUGCUUCAAUUGCAUUCAGCUUCUUCUCCAUUUUCUCAUGGGGGCUCCUGAUCACUUUUGCCUUGCAACGAUAUCGCAUGGGUGUCCAAGAUUUUGAUCGCAGCUAUGUCGACCCUGCUCCAGGUCCUGUAUCCCCCUACUCCAGUUUCCCCAAUGUCAGCCAUGACAGCUACCAGCAACCGCCCUUCACCCGGACAGUGGAGGACUCAGAGGGCUACCAGCCUCCCCCUGUGUACUGAUUGCCACUGGUACUGCUGAAAGCAGAUGGCAGGGAUAGCCACAUAAGUGCAAUUGAUUCACUGCUUGGGUUGGGGAAAAGGCCUCUACUCUGAAGAGCUAGAGUGCCGUGGCUUUUUCAUGUGUGAUUGUUUUGUGUGUGUGUGAUGGUCUCUGAAGUAUUCCUGCUGUCCCGUCCUUUUUUGAAGCUUAUUUCCUCAGAGAAAAUGCUUUCUGUUCCUCUCAGGGGGGUUGAAAGCUUUCUUGCUGGCCUGCGUACCUUGAAAAACUGAAUCUAUGGAGAGGACUCCUGUGUGUUGAAGAGUUGGAUGGCUGUGUCUCCAUUGUUGUAGCUAACCCCAACUCCUGGUCUGACACUGGCUAGAGAUUUUGUUCAGCACUAGAGGAAAGGUAUUCCUCCAUCCUACUGUGGAUACUGAAGUGGAAAAUUUUGCUUCUACCAGUCCAGUAGUGCAGGCCUUUCCCACCAGGUGCCUUGGGAUCCUUAACUCAUUUUUACCAUUUCAGACCCAGGAAGGGCCUUAGUUCCCCUGGCUCCUAUGGUGCUGCCUUUCUAGACUGAGUCAUGCAGGUGAAGUGCCUUGUUCUUGCUCCUCAGCUGCCAAGAAUGCCAAAGCCUAGGCCUAAAGGUCUUAUUUCUUUCAAAGAAUGUGUAUAUAAAGCAUUGAAUUUAUUGUAUUACAGAGAAUAGAAGUUCGGUUUCUGUGUGCUUUGUCGGCUGCCAAUUUUAGUCCUGGUUCGCAGUGGGAGGGACCAGGCUCUCUGAAGACCAUAACAAUUGCUUUUCUGUGCUAAGAAUUCUCAUAGAAUGUUACAUCAGUCGCUGCCAAAUAAAACAGCCAAGAUAAGGCCAGUUGUAUCUGGUAUGGAAAGUGCCCUUGCAGAAAGCUUACACUGCUAACCUUCCCCAAACGGGUGCCAGGCCUUUCAGGGAAAGCUGUGCCUUCUGUAUACUCCUUGUGGGCCCUGCCUUUGAGGCACUGGGGAACUGUUUUUGCAUUAGGAGAAACAGUUGGGAAAAUACUAACUGAUUCAGGAAUGUUUUGGAUGUGUUACUAGUAGAAAUAAAGCUUGUCACUCCCACCAA